GAGAGGGCUUGACCGAAUACCCUGCCGAUUCCCUUCGAUCUGGGCGCUGUUUUUGGAAACCGGGAGCUAUGAACUAAUGCGAAGAUGAGCCUGCCUCCAAAUGUGAGAUGUCCUCCCGAUUGAAGAGGGAGGAGUGCAAGCGCACCAAGCAUGACUCCGUCUUCUCUAAGUGGCAGAUUCUCAUCGGACCUAGAGACUGGGAAGAUCAUGCCUUGGGCAAAGAUGGAGUUGAAAGAUAUAGAAUCCAUAAUCUUCCUCCAUGCUCUUCAUGCCCUGGGCUCUAUGAGCUAGGCAUAUCUGAAAUUCCCAGAGAAGGCCAUAAAUCUCGAGGACAUCCAUCAGAUGGCAUUGUUGUCGUCUACCUUGGACAAGCAGAUAAUGUCAGAGCCCGACUUCAACAGUACGGUCGUGCAGGAUCCCAUUUAGAAAGGGGGAAUUCAAUUGUGUGCGCAAAUAACAACAAAGACCUUUGCCUUGUAAAAGGACCUGGUUUAUUCAAAGAAGUAUUCUCAAAGGGCUAUUCUGUCUUGUUCAGAUGGGCUCCAAUGAUAGACAAGAAAGAAGCUGAGAAGAUAGAGAGCAAGUUGCUUAGUACCUUUGAUUAUGCAUGGAACACUCGUGCAAAUGGUACCAGUCGUCGUGAAGAUGUACUGAAUAAGAUUUCUAGCACUAUGACUGGGCAACCAAUCCCCAAAGUUCUAAAAAAUCUUCAAGAAUGGAAACAGUUAACAUUCAAUAAGAAAAGUGGGAAUAAAGAUCAGUGGAAGUGUUCCACUGAUAAAUUAGGAUCCUCCAAUUUUCUCAAACAUUAUCUUAUUCCUCUAAUACGUAAAGUAUCAAAAAUUCUACCUCAACCAAAUGAAGGAGAUGAGGUUCUUAGUUCAGAACAUGACAUAUGUGGAGCAGCUAAUGGUGAUGGUUCUAUUUGUAGAAGAAAACCUGUACUCAGAAACAAAAGGUGUAUGCAGCACAAAGGAAAGAGGAUCAUUUUGUAUGGGCAUAUAAAAAGCAAAGAAGUCUUACCAUCAACAUACAACUCAUCACUGGUUGGUUUGCUUAUAGAAGAUAACUCACUUUGUAUGGAGUUACCCUGCAAUGAAACACAACAAUGCGAAAAGCUAAGGGAAAUAAGUCCUAUUGAAAAUCUAAAGACUGAGGAUGAAUCCUUAGAUGUCGAAUAUGAUCAUAGUAAAGAAUAUCAAAUCUGCAGGGUGCUUCUUAGAGAUGGGAAUAUUUGUAGAAGCAAGCCUUUUCCAGGAAGAAAAAGGUGUGAAGAUCAUAAAGGCAUGAGGGUCACUGGAAUCAUAUCAAUGACAACCAAAGAAUGCUUGGCAAAAGAAAUAUCAUCUGACACAGAACUUGAUCCUUGUGAAGAAUAUCAGAUAUGUGGGGUGUUCCUUGGUGAUGGUGACGUUUGUCAGAGCAAGCCUUUUCCAGGGAGAAAAAGAUGUGAAUAUCAUAAAGGCAUGAAGGUCACUGGAAUCAUAUCAAUGACAACCAGAGAAUGUUUGGCAAAAGGAAUAUCAUCUGAUACAGAACUUGAUCCUUGUGAAGAUUAUCAGAUAUGCGGGGUGUUGUUUGGAGAUGGUAAUGUUUGCCAGAGCAUGCGUUUGCCAGGAAGAAAAAGGUGUGAAUAUCAUAAAGGCAUGAGGAUCAAUGGAAUCAUAUCAAGAACACCCAGAGAAUUCUCUAUUGCAAAGAUAACACCAUCUGAUGGAGAACUUGAUCCUUGUGAAGGAAAUCAGAUAUGUGGAGUACUUCUUGGAGAUGGGAAUGUGUGUAGGAGCAAACCUUUUCGAGGGAGAAAAAGAUGCGAAGAUCAUAGAGGCAUUAGAGUCGAUGGGAUCACAUCAAGGACAACCAGAGAAUGCUCUAUCACAAAAAAAGUAUCUUCUGGUGCAGAAAUUUUUCAUUGCCAAGAAUAUCAGACAUGUGGAGUGUUCCUUGCAGAUGGCAAUGUUUGUCAGCGAAUACCUAUUCGAGGUAGAAAAAGGUGUGAACAUCAUAAAGGCAGGAGGAUAUCAAGGAUUACAUGUCAAUGACAGCCAGAGAAUGUUUAAUGGCAUUAUCAGAUAUAUGAGAUUUUCUUUGGAGAUGGGAAUUUUGAUGAACACCGGAUAACAUGUCAUGCCGGAAGGAAUAUUGUCUUCUGUGGUAUACAAUAGAACAGCGGUUCUCUGUAUGAAGUAACAAGAGAUGUAAAAAGCAAAACAAAGGAUGGGCCACUUGAUGCCUGUAUUCGCACAUUGAUGAGUUCUCAUCGAGCCCAUGUCAAUGGCUGCUAGAGAAUGCUCCUCCCAAACAGGGAUAUAAAUUAUCUGCACACUAGAUUUGUUCAUAAGUCCAUUGAGAAUAAGAUCACAGUUGCACUCGAGUCCAUUAGAACUAGAUUCAUCAUGGAUUUAAUUUCUUUUUUUUUUCCCCCUGUAGGAAUAUGGGAAUUUGCACAUAUAUUUUAUAUUUUAAUCGUGAGUUUGUGAAAUGAACAUUAUGUCAGUUGUAUUAUUCAAAUCCUGACAGAUUGAGUUUC